CUUUCUGCUUCCCACAGAUUUUCAGCAUUCUAUCGUCCUGUUGUGCUCAGCCCCAACCUCCCAGACCAGAAUAAUACAUGGAUUCGAGACCACGAGGACAGCAGGUCUAUAAAUUUGGGGACCCCAGGCCCAUCCAGCGGGGGCCUGGCCUCCCAGAGUGGGGACAACUCCAGUGACCAAGGAGAUGGGCUGGACACCAGCGUAGCCUCUCCCAGUUCUGGUGAGGAAGGUGAGGACUUGGACCAGGAGCGACGGCGGAACAAGAAGAGGGGGAUCUUCCCCAAGGUGGCCACCAACAUCAUGCGAGCCUGGUUGUUCCAGCACCUCUCGCACCCGUACCCGUCGGAGGAGCAGAAGAAACAGCUGGCACAGGACACGGGGCUCACCAUCCUGCAAGUCAACAACUGGUUCAUUAACGCCCGGAGACGCAUCGUGCAACCGAUGAUCGAUCAAUCCAACCGCACAGGGCAGGGUGCGGCCUUCAGCCCAGAGGGCCAGCCCAUCGGGGGCUACACCGAGACGCAGCCACAUGUGGCCGUCAGGCCUCCGGGACCAGUGGGGAUGAGUUUGAACUUGGAAGGAGACUGGCAUUAUUUAUAGAGGCAUCCAGCCUCCGCUGUGACCACCAGCCUCACACUGGCUCUGGUUCCCACCUGGUCCUCCGGCUUCAGGACCCCACCUCCAAAGGCUCCUCCACUCAACGCCUACCUCCCCAGGGCCCUGCUGGGACAUGGGGGCCUGACUGCCCACCCGAGGGGCUCUCAAGGACACCGACAAGGCCUGCAGGCCCUGAGCCCCACUUCUGCCUUCACCUCUGCCUGGGACCCACGCUGGACUCCUGGGCCUUGGUCCCUGGAAGGUGGCAGCUGGGGCCUCACCGCCAGGACAGAGAAGGGACAGGGGUGGCUGGGCAGCCAGGGAAGGAGGGUUGCCCGGAUCCGACAUUUUGGAGAGAUUCCUUCACCCUCCUGUCCCCCCGCCUCCCCUCUCUAAUUUCUUCUUUUUUUUUUAAUGAUAAAAGUCUUAAAAACACAAAGCCA